AUGAAGCUUAAAGAGUUCAAUGCUAAGGUGAAAUCACUUCCAUUCUAUGUCACUUUUGAAGAAGCUUGGGAUAAACAUGGUCUAGUGGAGUUCUUUUUCACAACUAGUGAAAACAAAGAAGAGAUACACCAACUUUUCAGAAGGCACGAUUUCCCAUUGCCCCUCAUGCAGUCAAUCAACCACCAUCACCACCAUCAUCACCACCACCUCAAGUGGUAUGUCAAUUCCAUAUCAAGAGAGAAGCUUGCUGAGUUCAAUCAGUUUGUCCAAACUCUUCCAGCCAGCAUGUCUUUCAAAAGCUUGGCGCCACUACCCAUUCACCACCUUCUUCCACAACUGCAAGAGACACCUGAGGACAUCAAAGAGCUUUUUGAGAAAGCUAAAGUUCAGCCAACCUUCAAGACCCUCUACAAGAUUGAAGACCCAGGUCAAUUCUCUAUUCCCUGUCAAGUAAAUGGUCAUUACUUUGAUAGAACACUAUGCGAUUCUGGCUCUUGCAUAAACCUCAUGCCAACCCAAACCGCCAAACUCCUUGGCAUCACACGCUUGCAACCUGCUCAAAUUAGUAUUGGACUUGCUAACCAUACUAUAGCCAAGCCAAGAGGAGUUGUUGUUGAUGUUCUUCUAGAGAUUGGAGAUAUCAAGAUCCCGGUGGACUUUCAUGUCAUGAACAUCAAGGAGGAUGUGACACACCAUUGA